AUGACCCGUGCCGAAAUUUAUCCGAAUUUCGGAAAAACUCAUUUGAAUUUUUGGGACUUUAUACACAGCGUACUGGAGUCUUUAUGCCCAAAGGCUCUAGCAAUGUUCGAAAAGGGUCAAGGAAAUGAUCUAUUUCGUUACAAGAGAUCUGCGAUAUCCUAUCAUCGCCUUUUUAAUCGUAGAAGUAAUCAUAGAUUUACUCUAAUUAUACUAUUAAUCGGUGCGGUCAUACUGAUCAUUAUCAUAAAACCUCAAUCUUACUCUGAUCCUCGUGCAUUGCCUGAAUUAAGUGGCUCAUUAGAUUCUGACUUUUCAACAACCGAUCUUUCACAGCUAGCUUGGAAAAUCAAUCUGAACAAAAAGAUUAAUUCUAGAACAAGUUUUUAUAAACAUGAGCACUUUACUAAAGACGCUUUAAAAAGGAAUAAUCUCAUUCCUGUAACCGCAAUAGUGUUGGGAUGGAAACGUACUGAGAGUUUAAAAGUAGUGGUGAAUUAUAUUUCCAAAUAUCCUUAUAUAAAAGAAAUAUUGAUAUGGAAUAAUAACAAUGGAACAAAACUUAAUGUCGAGGAUUUCAAACUCGAUAAUAUGAAUGUCGUCUUGAAUGUGUUUAAUUCUGAUGAAAAUCUUCAUGAUCUUUCUAAAUACAUAACAUGCUCUAUGGCUGAAUAUGACUAUUGUUAUUUCCAAGAUGACGAUUGGUUAAAUUUAUAUAUGGACAGUACUUACACUAAUUUCCUCAGAAACCCUAGUCUAAUUCAUUCAAACACAAUGCCACUCAUCCAUUUAGAACACCGAAGAUGGAUGUUUUCUAAUGCAGAUAAAAAUCUUCAUACUGGUUUCACUUGGCUCGGUUGCGGAUCUUUUAUUCCACGGGCAAAAGUUCAAAAGUUUAUGAGUCAACUUGGUUAUAUCUCAUUACCAAAAGAUCACCUUAAAGUUGCUGAUAUGUACUUUUCUUUGUGGUCAAAUCAAUAUCCUUAUCAACUUUCUAAUCCUUUAACCCCAUUGGAUCAAGAUCAUGGUUGGAGUAGUGGCAUUGAUCAUUGGUCCGUGGUUUACAACUCUGAUAUGUUCGAACGCGUAGAAGAAACUCCUUAUUAUCAUGAUCGUUAUGUUAGAGCACCUUGCAUAAACGAUAAAUGCCUUUUUAUCACAAAUAUCGACCCAUUUCCUCAUCCAUCUAGUGUUCAUUACGCGAAUAAUAUUACAAAUGUUCACGAACAGGAAGCUAAAUUCAAUGCUUUGGAUUUUCCAAGUAACGAAUUCUGGGAAAAACAUUCUUACCAUAAUGCCGUAGAUUUGGAUCUAACCACUUGCUGGAACUCAUUUAAAAUACCUAAAAAGGGCGAUUAUUUUGGACUACAAUUUGUAGAACCAAAAUCAUAUAACAAAGUUACUAUUGUAUCAUCAAAAGAUAUUAGCAAUUUUGAUGCGUCUUUUACCGUUGAGAUUUCUUCUGAUGGAUAUAAUUGGAAAAUUUGCGAAAAACUUGAAUCUUCUUAUGAAGCUCAAGACUAUGAUUCGAUCGAUAAUAUCGUAGCCAUGGAUUUGGAUUCGGCUGAUAUACCAAAAAGUAAUAUAAUCACCAUGGAUUUUAAAUGUUUUGAGGAAGAAAAUAAAAACAACCCCGUUAGUUUUAUAAAAUUUCAAGCUACAAGAGAUUUUAUUGAGCCUUUUGAGAUCUGUUCUUUUAUUUUAGAUGGACUAAGCAUAUAG